AUGAUCGUGCAUGGACUGUCUCGAGCAAACACAGCGACCUCGUUGAGUCCGCGAUAUGUGAACCGCCUUGCAAAGCAGGUGCGAAAGGUGGCGCUUCAGCGCGAUCGUCCCUUCCAAGCAGCACAGCUGCUGGAGAGCUUCACAAGGCUGCAGCACAACCAUGAUGCUAUCCUCUCGAGGCAUAUCUUCAACUUUGCACAGGAGACGCUGUGGAGGUGGGAUGCCUCUGCCGUGACCGCACUCUGCAUGGCCUUGGCGGGCUCAAAGCGAGCAGCUCGACAUCCUUUGGAGACCAUGGAAACGCCUCAAGGUGCAAACGCCUGGGGACGCUUUGCAGGACGUUGCGUGGAGGUAUUGCCCACAGCACAACCUUGGCAGCUGGCACAACUGGCACGUUGUCUUGGCAUUGUUGGGGCACCAAAAGCCCAAGUGGCGCCCUUCUACGAUGCCUUGGAGGAGAGACUGUGCUUUUCCCCUCACCUCAACGAGCUGUUCACUGUGGCAGAUCUCAUUGGACUGAUGAGUGGCUUGGCACGGCAGCGGUCUCCCCUGCGACCGAGUCAAAGCAUGAAGGAUGCCCUGACCCGGUGGCCACUAGAGGAGUAUGUUGGGCGUCAGGUGCAACACUUCGAUCCUCCGUCGCGCUGUGUGGCACUGAACGCGUCGAUGCGUCUUCGCCGCGGUGGGGACACACUCUUCGAACUCCUUGCUGAGCCUUUGCCAUACUCCGAACUCGAAACCGAGCAGGUUGCACUUUUGUUUAGCGCGGCAGCUGCUGCUGCACCUGUGAUUGGCCUGAGUCCAGCACUUCAAAUGUUGCGGAGGGUUUUGCCUCGGUGCCGGGCUCUGGCUUCUUCCCUCCGACCAUGGCAGCUAGCAUACAUCGCUCAAGCUUUGGAUGUUUUGGGGGGAGCUUCGUGGCAAAGAUCGCGGACCGCUGCUGUGGUCAGACAUGACAGAGGCCUCCGAGUUGCUAGAAGAGCUUUGUCAGCGCACUGA